CUCGUAAAACUUUGCAAACCCAGAGCUCGAAAGUUUUUAUUUAACUUACUCAUUACUCAUUCAACAUUACUAUACCAAAGUUAAGUCUAUAUACCAUGAGAAAAGUACUAAUGUUAGCUAAAACCUGCCCAGAAUGUAAUUUUAUGUACCAAUUGAACCUUUCUAACGGGAGACUUUGAUCUCCGACCUGGAUUGUUUCCCAACCGAACGGCCAUCCGAUUGGCCAAGAAGAAAAACGAACCUCUUUUCCUUUCAUCCCAUUGGCUGUUCCGCAGCGUCACCGCUCCUACUUUUCUGAAGCACCGCCUCCUAGCAAAAAGCUAGUGUGCGGCUUUCACUGACUGUGACACGGGAAUGCCCUUCCUCGGCGCCCUGGAUGACCACGGGGAAUAAAUCUCCAAUCAGACAUUGCGUCUGUUCGAGCUCAGGAGUGGAUGACGAUUGACUGUCCAUCAGAAAGCCCUGAGCUGGCUGAUCUCGGAGCGGAGACGACGCUUUGUGAAGCGUGAAGGUGGAGGCGCUCACGUUUCCGAGAUGUCACUCAAACAAGCAGACGGGAUGUCCAUCGCCCAGGCUUUGGCCAUGACCGUGGCAGAGAUACCCGUCUUUCUGUAUUCCACAUUCGGGCAGUCCAUAUUCUCUCAGCUAAAGCUCACCCCGAACUUGAAGAAGGUCCUGUUCGCCACGGCGCUGGGCAGUGUCGCCCUGGCUCUCACCGCUCAUCAGCUGAAAAGGCGGGGGAGAAAAAGGAAGCAGGCGACGCAAGGGAAGGAGGGCCAGAAGACAGUAGGAGUACCAGAGGCGCUGAUGAAGCCAGGAAGACCCUCGUCGUUUAAGAGAGGCCCGUUUACCGGCCGACAGAUGAUGAGUCCCAGCACCCGGAGCAAUGACACCAUGAGUGGAAUCUCCUCCCUGGCCCCCAGUAAACACUCAAGCUCCUCACACAGCCUGGCAUCUACGCGGGUCCCAAACUCUCCAAGUCAGGCAGCCAAUCCGUCCACACCCUGGGAAACGGAGCCUGUGGUGGAAGAGUCGGGGGCAAUCGAGGAUGCAAAUGCAGAGAAUCUCUACAUACUGGGGAUGGAGCUCUUUGAGGAAGCUCUACACAAGUGGGAGCAGGCCCUCAACAUCCGCCACCACCCCCACUCCACCUCCAGCAACAACAGCCUCGCCCUGCAGGGGGCGGCGUGUGAGGACUUUCCAACGGGUGAAAGCCAUAACAACGUGUUUGCUGAGAAGUUGGAGACGCUACUGCACAGGGCGUACCACCUGCAGGAGGACUUUGGCAGUACCAUCCCGACAGACAGCGUACUGGCGGAUUUCGAGAGUGAAGGAACUCUUAUCUUGCCGCAAGCGGGGAGUUUCCACAGGCGGCGGGACGACGACGCGACCACCGUUACCUCCGACGAGUCCUUCUUCUCAGCCGCGGAGCUGUUCGACGCCUUGUCUCUAGAAGACGUCUACCAGCCGCACAAACCAGCAGCUCUCUACGAGGAAGCCUUGUCUCUGGUCCGGGAGAACAAAGUGUCCUAUCGGUCUCUCAGGACCGACUUACUUGAAUGUUUUGGUGACCAAGACUUCCUGGCCAAGCUUCAAUGUGUGAGACAAGCAUUCCAGGUCCUGUUGUUAGAUGAAAGUCAUCGCACAUUUUUCAUGGAGACGGGGAAGCAAAUGAUUGUCGGGUUGAUGGUGAAGGCAAAUAAGAGUCCCAAAGGCUUCCUGGAGAGCUAUGAGGACAUGCUGCUUUACACCAAGAGAGAAGAGACGUGGCCCGUCACUAAGAUGGAGCUUGAGGGUCGAGGGGUGGUGUGUAUGAACUUUUUUGACAUUGUUUUGGACUUCAUCCUGAUGGACUCGUUUGAAGACCUGGAGAAUCCUCCCUCCUCUGUGGUAGCUGUGUUGAGGAACCGCUGGCUCUCUGACAGCUUUAAAGAAACGGCUCUGGCAACUGCUUGCUGGUCCGUCCUAAAAGCAAAAAGACGUCUUCUCAUGGUCCCAGAUGGUUUUAUCUCCCACUUCUAUGCCAUAUCUGAACACGUGAGCCCAGUUUUAGCUUUUGGGUUUUUGGGACCCAGGCAGCACCUAAGUGAGGUGUGCACCAUUUUCAAGCAACAAAUCCUGCAGUACCUGAAGGAUAUGUUUGAUCACGACAAAGUCCGCUUCACCUCGGCGCAGUGCCUGGCCGAGGACAUCCUCAAGCUUUCCCACCGCCGGAGUGAGAUUUUACUGGGUUACCUGGGAAUCAGCAGUCUUCUGGAGGUCAAUGGAGCCCUGUCCAGAGACGCAGAGGGCACAUCCGGGCCCAACUAAGACUACUAGAGUCCCUCAGGGUUCCCCGACUUGUGAAAACCUGCCUCGGCCUUGUUCGAUGACGUGGAUGCUUCCUAAAACCUCAUCUGGACCAAGCGCUCCCAACACAGGAAGACCGGGCCUCCUCCGCUAUUAUCACACAUCGAUCGAGUCCCUCGGAGGACCUUCUGUCCAUCUGACUUGUGGAACAUCCUGGUCUUCAUAAUUAUGUGAGAAAUGUGCGUUUGUAUGUUUUAUACUGAAGGGGAGGGAUAUUUAUGAAAUCCAUAAUAAUUCUUGAAGGUUUGGCCUGCUGAAGACUUUAAGGACUUCAUGAAUUUGUCUCGUCCUUCAUCUGAAUAAGUAUUUAUUUCAUCCCAUGUGAUUUAAUUGCCCAACGUUAGAUGUUCAAUGCAAAAAGACAUGUUUGACACAUUUGUCAAGUGUGUUUACAUGGUAUUCAUGUUGAAGUUUAUUAUCCCACAGGGUUGUUUUGACUCUCUGCUGCGUUCUCUUGGAAAUGGCAGUGAUCUCGCCAACAUGCAAAGGUUUUGUAAAGGUUGACGUUCUCUAACUAGAUGCCAGUAGAUGAUCUAAAUAAUCAUUUUAAGUGCCACUGAGGGUUCAUAAAGAAACUUCCCACUAAUAAUAACACACGGUUAUUUAAAACACACCCUGUCCUACUGUGGGCUGCAAAAAUACCUCCUGAGAUUCACAAAGUGCACAUGGUCAUAUCAGAACUUUAAUUUUCCAUCUUAGUAAACCGUUAAUUGACAAACCUCAAUAAAUGAAUAAAACCGUGCCAAUCUACGUUUUAGGGACCUGCGAUGAAGAGCAUUGUGCAGUCAGACUAACCUUUGCAAGUGCACUGAUGAUGAUGAUAGUUUAGCACUCAAAUAAGCAUCUACAUGUUCCUCAUAGUCACACAAGUGUUUGUUUUGAGGUCUUGAUAAUCCAAAUCCGGCUCCUGAUGCCGUUCAGAGUCAACGGCCCGGGAUUAUUUCUGUUACUGUCCGGCAUUUACAUCCAACUGUAAAUAGAGCUUUUACUCUACACUAAAAUAGACUUUUGUUUUGUUAAGGUGCAGCUUUGUGUUUUUAAGCAUUUUGCACUUUAUGCCAAAAGCAGGAAGAUACAGGAAUGUCCCACAGCUCGUUUUGUAUGAUCGGAUCAUCUGUACAAAUAUAUAUAUAUAUAUAUAAAACAACUCAUUGCAUUAUAGAACUGACAUACUAUUGAUAACAGAGUUUGAAUUCUGUACAGUAUUGAAACUUUCCCCAAAAAAUAUUUUAUGGAAAUUCGUUUUUUUUUUUCUAGUCUUGUUUGAAAUGUUCAAAUUCUCCAAUAGAGUUUUUUGACUGCUGAUCCCGUCCGUUCUCCUGACUGUUGGACCUGCUAAUGUAGACCAUUGAUUUGCAACAGUAUGAAUGCAAUUAUAAAAGAAUGCUAAUGUUUAGUCUAGUCUUACUCUGCUUUGUCUCUGUCCUGAGAGCAGAUGAUCAGAGAUGAAUCCCUCUGCAUGUUGACGUUCUCUGAAAUGCAUCAAUCAGUGUAUCUUUGUAACUUUUAGAGGCUACAAUUGUUGUUCAUUUGGAAAAUCCAAGCUAGAAAGAAGCUAGAGAAGCUGACUCAGAACAACUUGUCAGAGUUCUGAAAUGUGCUCUACUACUUGGCGAAGAUUCUAUAGAGUAAAGAGUUUUACGAGGAUUUCAGAUGGCCAAAAUUGAGACAGGACGAUUUCACUGCUGUACGUUGCGAGUGUCCUUUUCAUGCCUUUUGUCUUUUCUAUCGUUAAGUGUCAAUGCCAGCACAAACUGUAAAUUCAUUUUGAUCCUCCAUAUUAAAUGUUAUUUUUUGUUAUUAAACUA